UCCUUGGAGCAAGCUGGAAGGAAGUUUGGCAGACAUCACAGGCAGAAGUGAUCUCACAAAGUGCGCUGCGGGGCUGGCUGGAAGAUCUUUUAAGGGAAAGACUCCUUGACAAGUAGGCCGCCCAGCGUUGCUUGGUGAACCAGAAAAGGGGCGAGCUUGUUCGUGGCAAAGCAAACUCGUUCUAGAUUGGAUCGAAAGGCCAUGUGUGUUCAGUGCGUGAAAGAAGGUGUUUGGGUCCCUUUAAUGAGGGACCUUUAAGGGUGGCCUUGUUAAAAAGAACCCAACACACACGCACACACACACACAGCAGCUACUAGUAUCAAAGGGCAUCGCUACUAGGAGCAAGGACGCUACUAGUACUCCUGGCCAUACUACUAGGAGCAAGUAGCUGCUAGGAACCCUUGUUAUCCUUGUUUUUCUACUCUUUCUUCUUUGAGAAAGAGCCGUGAUGAGCCGUGUGUGUUUCCUUGUGGGUUGCUGAGAUCGAGCUCGAGCCUCAACUGCCGGCCUUGCCAGGUCCUCCAGGUCCUCUCGUUCAGAGCAUGGGUCCAAAUGCCAAGCGGACUAUUUGCAAGUUCUGGGAGCAGGGCAGCUGUACCAGGGGUGCUGACUGCACCUUCGCGCAUGGCUCUGCUGACUUGGCAGAGGUCAACGGAGGCCGAGUGCAUCAAGAAAGUGUCGCAGCCGUGGGUACGAAGCGCACAAUUUGCAAGUUCUGGCUAGAGGGUGCUUGCACAAAGGGUGCUGUCUGCUCCUUUGCUCAUGGCGAAGAAGAGAUUGGUGCCCCGUUGCCAACUCCGGACACAAUGCAGCCCAUGCAGCCCAUGCAUCCAAUGCAGCCAAUGCAGCCGCUGGGUCAGGGUGCAGGGCCAAAUGGCGUGAAGCGCACCAUUUGCAAAUUCUGGGAACAGGGGACCUGCACCAAAGGGGGCGAGUGCACGUGGGCUCACGGCCACGAAGAGCUCGGCGCCGCGAUACCUGUGGAGCGUGCUGUGGCGGUCAAGCGCAACAGCACGGUCUUUACCACACUGCAACCCUAUGCGACUGCAGUUCCUGUCAAAGGUGGCAAGGGAAUGACUGGCAAGAGCCAUGGCCAAACCUCAGUCUUCCAAAUGCAAGGCCAAGCUCCGCAGUUUGAGGUUCUUCAGAGCCUCAGCUUUGGAGUUGAGCAGCCCGUGAAAAAGACCAUGUGCAAAUUUUGGCUUGAGGGCCAGUGCACGCGCGGUGCAAGCUGUACAUGGGCACACGGAGUGGAGGACAAGACGGUGCCAGCGCACAUGCUUGGAGCCAACCCUACCAGUACGCCAGCUUCAAACCAACCAGUUGUAGAGGUGCGACGAACACUUUGCAAGUUCUGGCAACAAGGAAGAUGUCUCCAGGCGGCAGGGUCAUGUAGCUGGGCGCAUGGAGAAUGGGAGAUUGGUACUCCGGUUGGUUCAGUCGGCUCUUCUAACGAGAUGAGAGGCGAUGAGGAAUCAGCCUUGAAGCGCCCGCGCCUGGAGUGAGAUUGACCGGCGGCUAGCCAACUCGAGCUGUUGCGCUGCGGAGGUAAA